UCUUAGUUUCAUCAUUCAUAUUCUAUAGUAAACAUGCAUAGUUACUUCUCUCAGUUUAGUCCAAAUAUGUAUUUUGCAACCACAAUGCUCCUCCUCACAUUAGCAUACAUAUCUAUAAACUUUUUUUCACUCCAUUCUAGAACCAAAAACCAAAACUAUAAUCUUCCACCAGGACCUUCACGUUUUACAAUAAUGCUAAACGUUUUUGAAUUAGGAAAAAAACCACAAUAUUCAUUAGCCAAAUUCUCAAAAAUACAUGGUCCAAUAAUGCAUUUAAAGCUAGGGCAAAUAUCAACCAUAGUUAUUUCUUCAGCAGAAGUAGCACAAGAAGUGCUUCAAACACAUGAUAUCUUAUUCUCAAAUAGAACAAUUCCUCAAGCCGUCGCGGUUCUCGAUCACGACUAUUUUAGCUUACCCUUUAUGCCAGUUUGUGAUCUUUGGAGAGACCUAAGAAAAAUAUGCAAAAACCAAUUGUUUUCUAGCCAAACUCUUGAUGCUAGCCAUGCACUUAGGUGUAAGAAGCUUCAAGAGCUUUUAAGUGAUAUAGAAAAAAGCAGCUUAAUUGGUGAAGCUGUUGAUGUAGGAAGAGCUGCUUUUAAGACUUCAUUGAAUUUUUUGUCAAACACUUUUUUCUCUAUGGAUUUUGUUAACUCUGCAGGUGAAACUGAUGAAUAUAAAGGUAUAGUUGAAAACCUUGUGAGGGCAAUAGGAACUCCAAACUUGGUUGAUUUUUUCCCUGUUUUUAAGAUGAUUGAUCCACAGGGUAUAAGAGGAAUUUCAGCUACUUAUGUUGAAAAGUUGUUGCAAAUUAUUGAUUCAUAUAUUGGCAAAAGAUUGAAGUUAAGAGAAGAGAAAGAUUAUGUCACAAAUAAUGACAUGUUAGACAAUUUGCUCAACAUCUCUCAAGAGAAUGGCCAAAAGAUGGACAACACAAAGAUUAAACAUUUGUUUCUUGAUUUAUUUGUUGCGGGGACUGAUACAACUUCAUACACAAUAGAGAGAGCAAUGGCUGAAUUAAUCCACAACCCACAUGCAAUGUCAAAAGCUAAAGAAGAACUUCAAGAAAUAAUUGGUAUAGGAAAUACCAUUGAAGAAUCAGACAUCAUUAAACUUCCAUAUUUGCAAGCAAUAGUAAAAGAAACGUUACGUUUGCAUCCAUCAGCUCCACUUUUGUUACCAAGAAAAGCCAAAAUAGAUGUAACAAUUCAAGGAUACACUAUUCCACAAGGUGCACAAGUCUUGAUUAACAAAUGGGCCAUGGGAAGGAACCCUAAAAUUUGGGAUAAUCCAACUUUGUUUUCACCUGAGAGAUUUUUAGGGUCUGAAAUUAAUUUCAAGGGCCAUGAUUUUCAAUUGACACCAUUUGGUAGUGGGAGAAGAAUAUGUCCUGGCAUGCCACUUGCUAUUAGAAUGUUGCAUACUAUGUUAGGAUCAUUGAUUAAUUUCUUUGAUUGGAAACUAGAAAAUGGAGAUAGUGAUAUUGGUCAACCUUUGCGAGCUAUUCCAGUCAAAGUAAACAAGGAGCAAAUAUUGUAGUAUAUAUAAAAUUUCUUUGUAUAAGGCACAUUUGUUGUGAGACAAGAGAAAAAAAUAGUGUGCCAUGUUGAGAACUUAAGUUAUUUUAAGUUGUACUCAAUUUAUAUAUACCUAUUAUAAUUUAUGGACAAUCGUUAUGUUGUUGUUAGAAUCUGAGAUGCAUGAAAUUUUCCUA